AUGGCUUCCAACAUGGACGAUAUAUGUCAGGAUGAUCAAUGGUUUGAACAGGCCUUUACAUAUAUGAAUGAACAUGACGUUCCAUUAUCCAAUGAUAAAAAGUUACUUUUUUAUGGACUUUUCAAACAAGCUACCAUUGGAGACGUCAAUAUUGAGAAACCUGGAUUAUUUGAAUUUGUAGCACGAGCUAAAUAUGAUGCUUGGGAGCAAUUUAAAGGUCUCAGCUUACGAGAAGCGAGAAACCGUUACAUUGAGGCAGUUGAGAAUUUAAAAGUAGGGUGGUCGCGUAAAGGAGAAUAUGAAUAUAUACCAUCACCGGAUGAUCUGGAAAAAGAAGGAUUCGGCAAUUCAGUAAGCUCAAUGGCUGAAGAAGAAUCAGAAGAAACAGAUGAUAUUUUCGGAUAUGCUAGAACGAAUAAUUUGGAGGCAUUAAUCAAAGCAAUAGAGGCGAAUCCAGGGCUGUUACAUUCGAAGGAAGAAGGGCUGAACGCCCUUCAUAUUGCUGCAGACAGAGGUUACUCAGAUAUGGUAGCAAAAUUAAUAGAGCUCGGUGCAGACAUUGAUAUGAAAACGGAUGAUGGAGAUACAGCUUUACAUUUAGCAUGCAUUUCAGACAAGGCUGACGUUGCCAAAUUGCUGAUAUCCAAAGGCUGCGAUCAAACAUUGCUUGACUCAGAGGGAUCGACAGCACUUGAACAAGCAGAUACAUCAUUGAGACAACAGCUAGAAACCCUUUGA